AGCAGAAGGCGCACCACACCAAGCUGCCUAAGCCAACCACGCGAAGAUAUCUCAGUACUGCACGUGAGUUCAGGAUUGCCCUGAUAACCGCAGCCUUCACCAGAACCUCACCAUGGUGGUGCAGCUGGACUCGUGGAUGGACGAGCUGGGCCUCGUGGUGAUCGCCGCUGCGCUGGUGCUGUGGGUGUGCUACUUCCGGCACUUCAGCUACUGGACAGAGAAGGGCGCCCCACAGUCGCGACCCUGGACGCCGUUUGGAAACUGUUACAAGUCCAUCUUGCAGAAACAAAUGCUGUCAGAGGACCUUGACGAACUCUAUCGUCAGUUCAGAGAUAAGCGCUACGUGGGCUAUUACCGUGGACUUGAGCCCCGCUUGCUGGUCAUCGACCCAAAUCUCAUUCGUCAGAUAUUGGUCAAGGACUUUGACUUCUUCACCGACCGAGAACCUGUCCCUCUAGAUGACCCAAUAUUGGAGGGUCAGCUGUUCUUCAUGAAGGGCGAUCGAUGGCGCCGUCUGCGCAACAAACUCAGCCCACUGUUUACCAGUGGCAAGCUGAAGCACACGUUCCAGACGCUGAACGAGUGCGGCAGCGAGAUGGUGGAGGUGCUGGCGGACGCCGCGCGGGAGGGCAAGGUGCUGCAGUUCCGAGAGGUGUUCGCCCUCUACACCACGGAGGUGAUCGCCACGCUCGCCUUCGGCGUCAAGCUCAACUGCCAGAGGAACCCGGACUGCGACUUCAGGAUGUGGGGCCGCAUCCUCUUCCAGCCACGGGCCAGGCCCUUCAAGGAGAUCGCCACCGAGAUCUUUACGCCUCCGCUCAAGCGGUACCUCGAUUCCAUAGCUCCCAGGAACAAUGCACUUCAGUUUUUCGACGACAUGGUGAAGGAGACACUCCACGAACGCUUAGAAAACGCCAUCAGAAGGAGCGAUUUCAUGGACCUGUUCAUCCAGCUUCACACUAAGGGUUUCGUCGAAGGCGAGAAGCAAGGAGGCACUGACUGGAAACUGUCGGAGAACGAAGUGUCGGCACAGGCCUUCCUGUUCUACAUCGCCGGCUUCGAGACGUCGUCGACCACGAUGAGCUUCGCUGCUUACGAGCUGGCAGUCAACCCGGACAUCCAGCAGCGGGUGCUGAAGGAAAUUGACUCCGUGCUGGCAGAGAGCGGCGAGAUCUCGUACGAAUCUCUCGCGAAAAUGAAGUACCUCGACAGAGUGCUGUCAGAGACGCUGCGCAAGUACCCGCCGGUGCCGACGCUGACGCGGCAGGUGCAGCGGCCGUACCGCCUGCCCGGCGCCGACGGCGAGGCCGAGAAGGGCGCGCUGCUCGAGCCGGGCGUUGUGGUGAUGGUGCCCGCCUUCAGCCUGCACUACGACCCCACCUACUUCCCGGAGCCCCACCGCUUCGACCCGGACCGCUGGACCGACGAGGCCAAGGCGUCGCUGCACCCCUUCGUCUACAUGCCGUUCGGCGAGGGUCCGCGCUUCUGCAUAGGUAUGCGCCUGGGGCUGCUGCAGUCGAAGCUGGGCCUGGUGCACCUGCUGUCGCACUACAAGGUGGACGUCUGCAGUGAGACAGACAUCCCUCUUCCGCUGGACCCCUUGGCUUCCAUCCUCGCCACCAAGAACGGCGUCCACCUGAAAAUCACCAGUCGGAAGGGUGCCUAAGGUGCUCAGUGCGAGAACAAAGCUCUCAUUACUCCUGCGUGUCUGUGUUAUCUCUGAGUGUGACGUUGAUUAUUUAUGUAGACGUUCUCCAGAAAGGAUCUGUAUGAAUAUCUGUACGUUUGUAUAUAAUAUGUCUUAUAUGUAGUUGAUCGUCUACUGUGUUUGCAUUUUUUUACAUCGUUUCGAAUAUGUACAUAAUGUAUCA